AUGGUGGCCGAGAGACUUCCCUGUGAAGAUGUGGACGUGUCGAUCCUAGCCGAGCCCUUGUGGUUCAAUUCCGGAAAAUCGGCCAGAAAUCGAAUUUUCAAGUCAGCUAUGACGGAGAUGUUGAGCAGCUUCUGCCCGGACACCCCGGCUGAGCAUGGGCUGCCCUCAGAAACGGUGCUUACGAUGUACGAGAAGUGGGGCAAUGGAGGGUUCGGCAUCGUGUUGACCGGGAAUAUUGCUGUGGAUCCGCUUCACCUCGAAUCCGCGGGAAACGUGAUCAUCGCCCGGGAGAAUGAGGGCCCGAAAAGAGACGAGCUGCUAAGGAGAUUUGCCAAUAAUUGCAAGGCCGAUGGAGCACUAGCCUUAGCACAAUUGACGCACGCAGGCCGACAGACGGCCGAGAAUGUGAAUUUGCAUCCCAGGAGCUGCUCGGAUGUCCAGUUGACGGGGAGGAGGAGGAAUUUCAGUUUCGGAAAACCUAUACCGUACACUGAAGAAGAAAUUCGCACCGACGUCGUCGAGCGAUUUGCAUAUGCAGCAGAAGAAGCCUAUAAAGCCGGGUUCGACGGGAUCGAGCUGAUGGGAGCCCACGGCUACCUUUUGGCUCAAUUCAUGUCCCCUACCACGAAUAGACGAACAGAUGCUUAUGGUGGAACUCCAGAAAAUAGGGUCCGCGUCGUGCUUGAGAUCUACGACGCGAUACGAAAGCGCAUUCCCGCCUCAGCCCAAUUUAUCGUCGGGCUGAAGAUGAACUCGGUGGAAUUCCAGGAGGGCGGCUUGAGCAUGGAGGAUGCGAAAACUAUGUGCCAAUUGUUAGAGGACCGUGGGUACGACUUCGUCGAGAUGUCCGGAGGCACUUACGAGAAGCUCGUCUUCGCCCACGUCCGCGACUCUACCAAGGCCAGAGAAGCCUAUUUUCUCGAGUUUACCGAUCAGCUUCGACCGGUCUUCCAGAAGACGCGGAUGGUGGUGACCGGCGGGUUUAGGACGGCCAAGUGGAUGGCCGCCGUAAUCCAAGAUGGAAAAUGUGACGCUGUCGGACUUGGCCGCCCCGUUGCUGCUGAACCCGAUCUGCCCAAAAAAAUCCUUCGCUACGGAGUGCUCGGUUCGGCGGCCGCCAAGAUUGACCAGAACGACUUCGCGAUGACGAACGUUGUCGCGAAUUCCCAGAUGUGGCAGGGAGGGCAGAUCCCGUUCUCAAGAUGUGAAAAGGCCACCGACGGAAUUAUGGAUUUGUCAGUGCAAGCAGAAGCUGAUAAAUAUGUCGCAGCAGCAGGGGCCUACGUCCAGGGCGUCUUCGCUUCCGGCAUGCAGGGUGUUCCCGUUUUCCAGUACAAAUCUGAGUCUGUA